AUGCCAACACCGCUAAUGUCAUCCAGUAACUACUCACCGUGCUCGCUAUGCUACAACAGUAAUGGAGGUCUGCGAAAACUCUCCUCUGCCUUCACCAGUCGAUCAGCAUCAUUUCUCUUCGAUUCAUCAUCAGAAUCCGACAUGAGUAAACAUUUGCUUCCAUCAAAGAGAGCAUCUGGAAGCACACCAUUAGCAGGUACAGGUUUUCCUUCGUUGUCAUCGAGUUCUGGAACACCAACUAUGCGAAAUGCGGUCCAUCGUUAUAAGAAAAAAUACUGUUUUGUGUGCAAAGCUGAACUUAAGAAGACAAAAAAAAGAGGUCAAGAACCAAAACGUCACAUUCUGCAACAUCACUUGCUACGGCCCCUAUUCCAGUGUCCACAUUGCACUUAUUCAUCAUCCUACAAUAAAGCUGGCGUAAUCGGUCACAUGCGACGAAGGCAUCAUGAUGAGUCGGGCCAAUUUAUCAGCCGCGUGUCAGAGUUUAGCCAUGAGUUGGGCGAAUGGUAUGAGCUCUGUUUCGGCAAUGGUGGAACCAGUACGAAAUUGGAUGUUGAAACGUUACGUUACGUUGAGAAAAACGUUACGAAAAAUGAGAACAAGGAGAACAAGGAGAACAUUGCAAAAUACGAAAGGAAAGACAAUAACCAACAAUUUAUUAGUUAUGGCCAACAGUGUUUGACACCGCUCCCGGUGAUCACAUCAGAAGCGCCUAAGCAUGAAACUAUCUCCGAAAAUACGGUAGCGUUGACACCUAUAGUGGAAACACCGCUGCAGGCACCACCUAAGAAGCGUAGAAUCGGUUUUAUGAUUGAAGAUCUACUGAAGCACUUCUUCUAUUCGCUUCGUUUUCUUGGAUUCAAAAUAUUUCCUGAUUUACGAGAGUAUCGAAUUCAUGCAACUGUCACGCAUCGAGGUUACAUUACUAAACGAGGAAGUGAAAGGUACCACAUACCACCUGUUAUUGUUUUCAUAUCGAAUCUGAUGAGUUGGGUCACAUUUCAUGAAUAG